AUGGCGCCUAAUCGUAGAGUUACCAAUGCCUAUAAUGCUAUGAGAAUCUUAGGUAUUUCUGAUGAUGAGGUAAUGCCUGUCUUGAAAAGGUUGCUCAAAGUGUAUGGUAAUAGCUGGGAGCUUAUUGAAGAAGACAAUUAUCAAACACUUGUACAUGCAUACUUUGAGUCAAUGGAAUAUCAGCAAGGGAAAGGUAAGGGAAAAGCUCCAAUCAGUAAUCAUGAUGGAGAAAGAGCAAGACUGAAACUACAGAUGAUAUCUGUAGUGGACAAUGAAAUACUUUCAAAGACAUCCAAAAAGAAAAUCAUUAAGCCAUCUCAGGCAUUUAAAGAAGAUAUGAAACUGGCAAACAGUUCUCAACCAUUGCAGACAAGGUUGAGUGAGGUAGAAAUUAUCUCAAGUUUAUCUUGCAUGGAUGCUAGAGAUAGUAAAAAAUUGUGCCAUGAGAAUGCAGCAUCUGCAAGGGACUGUGGAGAUUCUUUUGAUGGAUCAAGCCAUUCCCACAUCCAGAAGAUACAUGUGUCAAGUAAUCGUUAUGAGAAAGAACUUAUAAUAUUAAAAGCUAAGAAACCAAAAUUACAUCUUGGACCUAUUUCAUCACAUCUAAAAGGCCCUUGUGAUGAUUCAAAUGUAAAUCAUCGUUUCAAAUUUAUAUCAGCUCUUUAUCAAAAUGGGCCAAAUCCCAAUCAUGCCAAUUUGAGUAACAUGGUACAACAAGCUAUUGUCCAUCCUGAAUAUAAUUCUACAGGCCCAUGCGAUGAUUCAAACAUAAAUCGUCAUUUCAAAUCUAUAUCAUCUCUUUAUCAAAAUGGGCCAAAUCUCAAUCAUGCGAAUUUGACUAACAUGGUACAACAAGCUGUUGUUCAUCCUGAACAUAAUUCUAGAGGCCCAUGCGAUGAUUCAAAUGUAAAUUGUCAUUUCAAAUCUAUAUCAACUCUUUAUCAAUAUGGGCCAAAUCUCAAUCAUGCUAAUUUGACAAAAAUGGCACAAAAAGCUAUUGUUCAUGCUGAAAAUAGUUCUAUUAAAAUUCUGAGUGACAUAACAAAAGGUUCUGAAAAGGUUGCAAUUUCAUUAUUAGAUGAAACUGGAAGUGAGGAGUUGCCUAAGUUUAAUUACAUACCAAAUAAUAUAAUCUAUCAAAAUGCUAAUGUGAACAUUUCACUUGCUCGAGUUGCGGAUGAGGAUUGUUGUUCUGAUUGUUCAGGCAACUGUCUUUCUUUGACAUUUCCUUGUGCAUGUUCUCAAGAAACUGGUGGGGAGUUUGCUUAUACUCGAGAAGGUUUGGUGAAGGAAAAGUUCUUAGAAGCAUGCAUAGCUACGAAAAUCAAUCCUCAACCAUAUCAUUUUGUGUAUUGUCAAGAAUGCCCAAUUUAUAAAGGGAGUGAGCACAUGCCUGAAGAAUGCAAGGGGCAUUUGGUUAGAAAGUUUAUAAAGGAAUGUUGGAGGAAAUGUGGAUGUGAUAUGCAGUGUGGAAAUCGGGUAGUGCAACGAGGUUUAAGAUGUAAACUGCAGGUAUUCUUGACUCAGGAAGGAAAGGGUUGGGGCAUUAGAACACUAGAAGAUUUGCCCAAAGGUUGCUUUGUAUGUGAGUACGUCGGGGAAAUAUUAACCAAUACAGAAUUGUAUGAAAGGGUAUUGCACAAAAGCAGCAAGGACAGACAUACAUAUCCUGUAACCCUUGAUGCAGAUUGGGGCUCAGAAAGGGUGUUAAAGGAUGAUGAGGCACUCUGCUUAGAUGCAACUUAUAAUGGAAAUAUUGCAAGGUUUAUCAAUCAUAGAUGCUUUGAUGCAAAUUUGAUAGACAUUCCUGUUGAAGUGGAGAUUCCUGAUCGCCACUAUUAUCAUAUUGCUCUCUUUACUAAUAGGAAAGUGAAAGCAUACAAAGAGCUGACAUGGGAUUAUGGUAUUGACUUUGAUGAUCAGGAACAUCCUAUUAAAGCAUUUCAAUGCUGCUGUGGAAGUACCUUCUGCCGUGACAAGAAAAAGAAAGGUCGGUUACAUAAUUUGCUCUUAUAUCUUUGCUAUGCAAUAAAGUUGAGGGAUGUUUUCUCUGGGAUACAUGGUGAGAAAUGGUCAAAUAAAGGAGUUGACCUUAUUUCGGAACUGGCAUGA